GGACAGAAGGCUUCCUAGGGUUUUCUUCUGGAGGGAAGAGGUAAAGCGCCCUCCUCUCGUUAUCCCUCCCCUCUCUCGUCGUCUCCAGAUUUCUAGGGUUUUGGGAGGGAGGGAAGAAGCCGGCUCGUCUCUCCUCCGGAUUCAUUCGUCCCGGAGAUUGUGAGAUCUAUUUCCUUUUUCUUCUCGGAGGGUCGGUUUCGAUUGCCUGCAAUUUCUGGGGUUUAUCGAGGGAGGGGAAGAAAGGAAGAGUCAUCACGAUGCCGAAUUACGACCUGACGUCGCGGAUCGCCCUGCACCUUGACCGGCAUUUGGUCUUCCCGUUGCUGGAGUUCCUGCAGGAGAGGCAGCUAUACGCGGACGAAGAGAUACUCAAGGCGAAGACCGACCUCCUCAGCAAGACCAACAUGGUCGACUACGCCAUCGACAUACACAGGAGCCUUCACCAUACUGAGACAGUCCCUCAGGAUAUGCUUGACAGGCGCGCUGAAGUUGUUUCCAGAUUGAAGUCCCUGGAGGAAGCUGCUGCACCCCUUAUAUCAUUUCUCCAGAAUGCUUCCCUAGUUCAGGAUCUCCGCCCUGAUAAACAAUACAAUCUUCAAAUGUUGAACGAUCGCUAUCAGAUUGGUCCAGACCAGAUUGAAGCCUUAUAUCAGUAUGCUAAGUUCCAAUUUGAAUGCGGAAACUACUCUGGUGCAGCAGACUUUUUAUAUCAGUACCGUGCCCUGUGCACGAAUAGUGAUAGAAGCUUGAGUGCAUUAUGGGGAAAACUUGCGGCAGAGAUACUGAUGCAAAACUGGGAUGUAGCUCUUGAAGAGCUUAAUCGGUUAAAGGAGAUAAUAGAUUCCAAGAGCUUUUCAUCUCCACUCAUACAACUGCAAAACAGAACCUGGUUGAUGCAUUGGAGUCUCUUUAUUUUCUUUAACCACGAAAAUGGCAGAAAUGGCAUCAUUGAUCUUUUCUUCCAAGAUAGGUAUCUUAACGCUCUUCAAACAAAUGCACACCACCUUCUUCGCUAUGUGGCUACAGCUGUUAUUGUCAACAAAAGGAGAAGAAAUAUGCUGAAGGAGUUGAUCAAAGUCAUCCAGCAAGAGCAAUAUACAUAUAAAGACCCCGUUACAGAGUUUCUGGAGUGUUUGUAUAUCAAUUAUGAUUUUGAAGGUGCACAACAAAAGCUCCGAGAGUGUGAAGAUGUGAUAUUGAAUGACCCAUUUCUUGGCAAACAAGUUCAAGAGGGUAACUUUACCACGGUACCUUUGAGAGACGAAUUUCUUGAGAAUGCUCGACUCUUUGUAUUUGAAACCUAUUGUCGCAUACAUCGUUGUAUUGAUAUUGGCAUGCUUGCCGAAAAGUUGAAUAUGAGCUAUGAUGAAGCCGAGAGAUGGAUAGUAAAUCUUGUUCGGAACUCCAAGCUUGAUGCUAAGAUUGAUUCAAUGUCGGGGACAGUCGUCAUGGGGACCAGCUACGUCAAUGUGUACGAGCAGAUCAUAGAAAGCACAAAACAGUUGUCUGUUCGCACAUAUAUGCUGGCUAAGAAUGUUAUCGAAUCGUCACCAGUCGGACAGGCUGCUGCUCGGUGAUGAUCGAUAACUGCUCCCGAAUUAUACCAUCAUCCUGUUUGAUUUUGUAUUUUUCCCGUUGGGGGAGCCAUUUUAGUUGGCUUUUUCUUUCUUAAAAAUUUGCAAGUGGGGAUGUUAUUGACGGUGAAUUUAUUUAUAACGCUGAAGCUAAUUUUGAUUACGGGCUACAA